UUCGCGGACUGAAUCCCGACACCCGACGACAUUUUCGGAGCAAAAAGGAAAGUACACACAAAGCACAUCCUCCUUCAUCUAUACUCCUAGCAGCAGCAGCAGUAUGCUCUCUCUCCGUCAGACUGCGUUCGCUCUCAAGCGUCAUACACGCGCAUACGCACAGGUCAAGGCUGCAGCAGGCACGUUCGCCUCGCAAAAGAACAGCAAUGGCAACUACACAGUCUCCAUGAUUGCAGGCGACGGCAUCGGUCCAGAGAUUUCCAAGUCAGUGGUUGACAUCUUCUCAGCGGCCAAGAUUCCAAUUGAAUGGGAGGAGUGCGACGUCACCCCGAUUCUCAAGGACGGCAAGACGGCCAUCCCAGAUGAAGCCAUUGCAUCCAUUCGCAAAAACACCGUUGCACUCAAGGGCCCUCUCGCGACGCCCAUCGGCAAGGGACACGUAUCGCUCAACUUGACUCUGCGCAGAACAUUCAACCUCUAUGCCAAUGUGCGACCGUGCCGUUCAAUCCAGGGAUUCAAAACUCCUUACGACAAUGUCGACACCGUCCUCAUCCGCGAAAAUACCGAGGGAGAAUACUCUGGUAUUGAGCAUGUUGUUGUGCCUGGUGUUGUUCAGAGCAUCAAGCUCAUCACACGCGCCGCGUCAGAGCGUGUCAUUCGUUUCGCUUUUCAAUACGCACGCGAUAUUGGUAAGAACAAGGUGACUGCCGUGCACAAGGCUGCCAUCAUGAAGAUGUCUGACGGUCUCUUCCUCUCUACCGCGCGUGAAGUCGCCAAGGAGUACCCGGAUGUUGAGUUCACCACCGAGGUGCUCGACAACACCUGCCUCAGGCUCGUCACUGACCCUGCACCAUACGCUGACCGCAUCACAGUCAUGCCAAACUUGUACGGAGACAUCAUUUCCGACUUGUGUGCUGGUCUGAUUGGUGGUCUUGGUUUGACGCCUUCUGGCAACAUCGGCAAUGAUGCGUCUAUCUUUGAGGCCGUUCACGGUUCAGCGCCUGAUAUCGCAGGCAAGGGUCUCGCCAACCCAACUGCACUGCUUCUUUCUUCCGUCAUGAUGUUGCGUCACAUGGCGUUGCACUCUGAGGCAGAUAAGGUACAAAAGGCAAUCUUUGAUGUUCUUGCAGAGGGCACCACCAUCACUGGUGAUUUGGGUGGCAAGGCCAGCACAUCGCAAUAUACACAGGCCAUCAUUCAGAAACUCGCUUAGAUUUUUAGAAGCUUUCACUUUGGGCCAACAUGUUGCUACAACUU